GAAGCGUUUUCUUUGCGGACGUGUGUGAAAGAUAUCCAUGAAUGGUGUGAUGGGAGAUACAUUUGCGGUUGUGCCAGGCAGUGUACCCCUCACUUAAAAUUGUAUUAGACCUUCUGCUUUAUUUAUGUUUUAUUUGAAUGUGAAGUUGGAAUAUAUAUUUCACUGGGUUUAAUCAGUCAUUAUCAAGGAGAGAGAGAGGCAGGCAGAAUCAUCGGCAGCUGUGCUUGGAGCCCUAGCCUGCUGCUAAAGCUAGCAAGCGCGAGACUUGUGUAGAAUUACAGGACAGCGCUUCACGGGCUAGUUAGCGAUCAUGCUUCGAGACAACAUGACCUCCAUCGUACAGAAAAUUGCUAGACAGGCGCUUGUAACUUUUAGAAACCCAUCUUCAUUUGGUGAUAAAGCGUUUUUGGGUAAUCAAUGUAAACUCCAAAGCCUCAUGACCGAAAUCAGAGCUGCGGAUCUGAAGAUCGCUCCAAGGAAAGUUGACAGCGCUUCUACGCCUUUGCCACACAACCCCCCGGUCACAUACAUGCACAUAUGCGAGACAGACGAAUUCAGCAUGGGGGUGUUUCUGCUAAAAAGCGGUGCUUCCAUCCCCUUGCACGACCAUCCGGGAAUGUACGGAAUGUUGAAAGUUAUGUAUGGCAAGGUCAGGAUCACCUGUUUUGACAGGUUGGACAAAUCAACUAGCGUGGCCAGUGACACGCAAUUCAGCCCUCCACUGCUCCCUUUUCAGAGAGGUGCGCUGAGGAGGUCGAUUCUCGGGUCGGUCGGGGAGUUUACAGAAGAAAGCGGGCCGUGUAUCUUGACCCCUGACCGAAACAACCUUCACCAAAUCGAUGCAGUCGAUGGGCCCACCGCUUUCCUCGAUAUUUUGGCACCACCAUAUGAUCCAGACGACGGGAGAGACUGUCAUUAUUAUAAAGUUCUGCAGUCUGCCCCGGAUUCUGAGGACAAAAAGGCUGACGGUCUAAAAGAAGUUUGGCUGAUGGAAGUAUCCCAACCUUCUGAAUUCUGGUGUGGUGGUGAACCAUACCCCGGCCCUGAAGUGAAGAUCUGAAGCGCACUAGCUAUGAACGCUGAAUUGAUUUGUGAACAAUUGAUUCUCAGGACCAUGUCAAAACAAUAUGUAAAUGUAUGACGAUCAUGAUUCCUACAAUUAUGGAAUGGGAUGUGUCACAGUGCUGUGUAAUGGGAAAACAUGUCUUGUGAACUAAAAGCACUUAUCCUAAGUUGGACUAUGCAUUCUGCCUGUAUUUUAUUUUUUAUUUUACCUUUAUUUAACUAGGCAAGUCAGUUAAGAACAAAUUCUUAUUUUCAAUGACGGCCUAGGAACAGUGGGUUAUCUGCCUGCAAUGAAAGUACUUAAGCAGUUGAUAAAUUGUGAUCUUUGCACAUCAGCUCUAAUGUAUUUGAAUUUUUGAUAAGCAUUUCAUGCCUUGAAAUGAACUGAAACCAUACACAUUACUCAAAAUAAAAACAUAAAGGUGUAUUAAAACUA